AUGAAUCGAUCUCUAUCGAUUUCAGGCGGUUCACGUGAUGCCAUCCAAGUGAGGAGGAGAAUCGCGGCGUUGUGCAGUUCUGCCAGCCCCCAUCCCAUUGGCAUUUUUUCCACACACACGAACGAAUAGACAUUUCCACACAAGUUCUGAGACACACUGAUACCGUACUCUUACCGUAUUCACGUCUACCAGCUAUUGUUCGUCUCUCAUCUACUCGUCUGUAACGGUAUUUGCGCCGCACAUCACCAGCAAACAUGGAUCACAGCCAGCUGAUGGCAGAAAUGCCAGAAAUCGAAAAGAUGACCGCUCAGGAGCGCAUAGCGCUUGCAAAAGAGCGGCGUCGCGAUCAGCUGCGCAAAUGUGACGAACGAGAGCGAUCACUGCCUCCGCCGCGACCGCGUCGACAGCGAUUGCGGUUUUCGCCCGAAGUUGCGUUACUUGAGGCGACUGGACGAGCCGACGCUGCUGAGGUUGAGCGAUUACUACGUGAGGGUGCAAAUCCAAAUUCACAUAACGAGGAUGGGUUAACGCCGUUACAUCAAUGUGCGAUUGACGAUAAUCAGCAGAUUAUGCUGUUACUGUUAAGCCACGGUGCUGAUGUUAACGCUCAAGAUACAGAGCAAUGGACCCCAUUACAUGCGGCCGCAUGUUGUGCUCAUAUCAAUGUUGUGAAAAUCCUUAUAGCAAAUGGUGCAAAUUUAUUAGCCGUUAAUGCUGACGGUAAUAUGCCCUAUGAUAUUUGUGAUGAUGAAACAACGCUCGACGCUAUAGAAAGUGAAAUGGCUGCUCGUGGUAUAACACAGGCCUAUAUCGAUGAUCAACGUGGUGCUCCUGAAAAGGCAAUGCUAGAUGAUAUGAAAAGCUUACAUCAACAAGGUUAUCCUCUUGAUGCACGUCAACCAGACGGAUCCACUUACCUUCACAUUGCCGCCGCUAAUGGGUAUUAUGAUGUAGCAGCAUUUCUUUUGCGAUGUGGUGUACCAGCGACGUCACGAGAUAAUGACCUCUGGCAACCAGUACAUGCUGCAGCUUGUUGGGCUCAGCCAGAUUUGGUCGAGUUGAUUUGCGAGUACGGUGGUGACAUUAACGCAAAGACGAGUAGUGGUGAAGCACCAUUAGAUCUCUGUGAGGAUGACACAACCCGAGCUGUUAUUGCUACUAUGCAGCAGCAAGAAGCUAGAAAGAAACGCUUAGCAUUUGGAGUUCGCGACAGCCGAAGACAAAGUCGAAGGCAAAUCGUGGUCGAAGGAGGACAUUCUCCUAACAAUCCAACGAAGACGGCCGAAAAAAGCGAUCGAUAUUCGAUUUCUGUGUCGGUGACAGUAUUGAUUGUCCACCGCACGAAAAUAGCGUUGUGA